AUGCAACGUUACAUGUGUACGUACAAGACUACUAUUCUCAUAUACAUGAGCACAAUAAUAAAGUUUAUUGCACAAAGAAGAGAGAUAAAUAGUUUGGUAGAGACGCAAGGUCUUAAGCAUUGUGUUAUGCGGUUAGGAUUCAAGAAAGAACAACUUGAGUUGGCGGUAAGCUCAACGAGGAAGCUAAAACUAACAGGAGAACGCCCAACUGGUGAUGAAAACAAAUGGAUUCGUCUCCACCAAGAAAUUCCCGUUCCUUUGAACAUUGAUGUCGACUCGGUUUCAGCUACGUUCAAGUUUAACAAACUCCACAUCCGACUCCCCAAAGUCAAGAAGACACGAGUCCCUCAAACUAAUCCACCAGUGAUCAUGAAACCUCAUGAUCAACAUGAGAAAAAACAAGGCCAUGGUUCGGUUGGUGAGGCUAGAGGACCUUUGAGUUCCAAGGAUGAGGAGGAGAAAGACAAAGUUGGAGCCAAAUGGUUCGACAAGUACAGAGAGGCGACUGGAAAUAUGGUAAAGGAAGCUAAGAACAAAAGACAGUUACUUUGCAAUUUGGUUGUUUCGAUUUCCUUGGUUCUGCUGAUCUUAUUGUAUGGUAGAAAUGCAGUACGUUCAUCCCCACCUUGUGUGGAACUCAGAUGAAUGAGUAACCCUUAAAAUGGUGUCUCACCAUGUAUAAGCUCACCAUGUAUAAACCGGGGCUUCUAGCUCAGUUGGUAAAGGGUUCACAGCUGUGAGUUCCGCCACCUGGGUUCGAAUCCCGGCCACUGGGGAAUUAACAUUUCGGCAUCGCCAGGGACAGAGGACCGACAUGUGGCAACACGUGACUAGUCUGGACCACUUCGGUGGGGCCAGGAUACCUCUGUAUAAUUCAAAAAAAAAAAAAAAAAAAAAAAAGCUCACCAUGUAUAAGAUUGCUUAUGCAGAAACUAAAAUAAAUAUUUGAUAAUUAUCCGUAUCCAAACUGACUAGAAAAUUAGGCUCCCAAAUCCGAUGAAAUCUGGCCUA